GCGGCCCGGGCGCCUCAUGGCUGCGCCGCCGGCCCCGCCUCCCACCGCUGCCUUGACCGGGCCGCCGGCCGGCCGGCGUUUUUCUCCAGGCGGAGCCACCGUCCCGCCGCCAUGAAGUGUCACUACGAGGUGCUGGGGGUGAAGCGCGACGCCGCCGAGGAGGAGCUGAAGCGGGCCUACCGCCGCCUGGCGCUGCGCUGGCACCCGGACAAAAACCUCGAGAACGCAGAGGAAGCAGCAGAGCAGUUCAAGUUAAUCCAGGCAGCAUAUGAUGUCCUGAGUGACCCCCAGGAGAGAGCCUGGUAUGAUAAUCACAGGGAGGCUUUGCUGAAAGGAGGAGUUGAUGGAGACUAUCAAGAUGAUAGUUUAGACUUGCUGCACUACUUCACUGUUAGCUGUUACUCUGGAUACGGAGAUGAUGAAAAGGGAUUCUUUACAGUCUACCGACAAGUUUUUGAAAAGAUUGCAAAAGAAGAGAUGGAGUAUAUGACCCAGGAAGAUACGGAAGAAUUCCCCACGUUUGGCUAUUCCCAAAGCGACUAUGAUACGAUAGUCCACCCUUUCUAUGCAUAUUGGCAGAGUUUCUGUACGCGGAAAAACUUUGCUUGGAAGGAGGAAUAUGACACACGACAAGCCUCAAACCGCUGGGAGAAACGAGCCAUGGAAAAAGAGAACAAGAAAACGAGAGAUAAAGCAAGGAAAGAGAGGAAUGAACUGAUCCGUCAGCUAGUAGCCUUUAUUCGUAAAAGGGAUAAAAGAGUACAGGCUCAUAGAAAACUCGUAGAAGAACAAAAUGCAGAAAAAACUAGGAAAGCAGAAGAAUUUCGGAGGCAGCAGAAGCUCAAACAAGCCAAGCUUGCUGAGCAGUAUAAAGAGCAGAGCUGGAUAACGAUGUCAGAUCUGGAGAGAGAGUUGCAAGAGAUGGAGGCACAAUAUGAAAAGGAAUUUGGGGAUGGAUCAGACGAUGAAGAUGAAUUGGAGGAACAGGAAACAAAAGGCAUCGAAGACAAACUCAACGAUGAGACUGAGGAAGCUGAAUUUGUUGAUGGUCUGUACUGCCCUGCUUGUGACAAACUGUUAAAAACUGAGAAAGCCAUGAAAAAUCAUGAAAAAUCAAAGAAGCAUCGAGAGAUGGUAGCACUCCUACGACAGCAACUGGAACAAGAAGAAGAGAAUUUUCCCGUGUCUUUGGAUGACGCAAAUGGAAUACAUACCAAAGAGGAGGAAGAAACAGAAGACGUGCCCAAGCAGAAACUUUCAAAGAAGCAGAGGAAGAAACAGAAAACAAUGAUGACUUACGAGGACUCCUUUGAUAAAAGUGACGAUGAAGAAACAGUUGAGCAAAAGGAGGUGCCCUGCACGGACACAGGGGGUGGCUCAGCAGAGGAGGUGGUCAACGACGGCCAAAGAUGCGCUGUGUCAGAGGAUGCAGGUGCUACAGAAGAUGUCACCCAAGCGACCGAAGCAAAAACAGAAGCAAAAAGCAGUACUAAGCCUAAAGGGAAGAAAGCCAAGGAUGCAAAGAAGCCUGCCAAGGCAACUUCAGAGCAACCAACAACGAAUGAAGUUCCUAUCCACUGUGUAACCUGCAACUGUGCGUUUCCAUCCCGAAAUAAACUGUUUGAGCACCUAAAAGCCACAGGACAUGCAAAAGCAACACAAGCGCCAGCUGUAAAUGGAGCUGUAAACACCAGAAACAAAAAAGAGAAACGUAAAAACAGAUAGAACUUUGUUACAGUGAUAGUCUUCAGAAUCCAACAUGAAAACUCUCCCAAAACUGAAAGGUGCACACUUCCUGUGUUUGGAGUUAAACAGAGAAGACAAGUCCUAAUUUUGAAAAGAAAAAAAAAAAGAAGGUACAACAAAUGGAGUAUUAUCCUGUGAAGGAAUCUGUGCUUUCUUUUGGUUUUAUGAGCCUUUAAUGACUGUUUUAGACCUACUGUCUCAGCAGCUUUCACAGUGAUGAUGGGGAUAUAGUAAUACAAAGCUACUUAACUUGUAGUCCUGUAGAAACUUGCACGGAGGAAAUAAUAAAUUACUUUAACACUUG